UCACACACAAAUUUUAUUCCCAAAUUUUUCUUCUUCUCAGAUUUCUCUCCUCAAAAAUCUCCACUCUCACAAAUUUCUCUUCAAUCUUUCUGAAAUUUUAAUCCCUUCAUCCUCUUAAUCUCAAUCCAUCUCGAUUGAAAUUCAUUCCACUUCUUGAUUUCUUUUUGUUCUUCUGCAAUUACAGUGAAUUUUUCGGUUAUAACAGUUAAGAUGAAUAACUGCCAUGAUGAUAUCGUGUUAAACAUCCUUGUUAGAUUACCAGUAAAGUCGAUUGGGCGAUACAGGUGUGUGAGUAGAUACUGGUGUAGGUUAUUGACAGAUCCUAGAUUUGUGAAACAGCAUUUAAAUCAUAUUCUUGGAUUGAAAAAGCUUGGUUUGGUGCUUAGUUCGUAUUAUAAUUUUCACAAUGAUAUCUACAUGAUCCGUAAUGAUCCGUUAUCGUCUGCGUCUAAUGGUCUUGUUAUUAUGAAAGAUCCUCUCAAGUCUGAGAGGGUGACACUUGAAAUGGAAGUGUUGGGAUAUUGUCAUGGUUUGGUUUGUAUAAGGCCGAUGUUUAUGGGGCAAGUUUUUCUGUGGAAUCCCUGUACGAAAGAGUAUAGAAAAUUACCCCUGAGACCGAUUGAAUCGUCGAAUAUUAUUAGUUAUAUAAAAUAUGGAUUUGGUUAUGAUUGUAAGAUGGAAGAUUACAAGGUGGUGAGCUUUGUGGGAUAUAAAGAUGAACAUGAUUGUGAAGUGCAGGUUUACACUUUAGGAUCUAAUUGCUGGAGAAGAAUGAACCGCAUCCCAUAUGAUCUUUCUUGUAAUGAUAUAGUGAAUCAAGUGCCUGUUAAUGGAUCUCAUCAACUGACUUUCGACGGAGCUCUUCAUUGGAUUGCAAAGACUGACUCAGAAGGAGACCAAGCUUCGAAAGUUAUGAUUUCUUUUGAUUUGGAAAAGGAGAUAUUUAAAGAGAUACCGCUGCCCAUGGGUUUCAAUGAAAGAUUUAGACCUCAAAUGUGUGUGAUAGGGGGGACACUUUGCUUACUUGAAUAUAAAGCUGAGGUUGGUUUUGAGGUGUGGCAGUCGAAAGACUACGGAGGGAGUCAAUGUUGGAAUAAAAUUCUGACAUUUGGCAGGCAGCAACUUGUUAGUCCUGUUGUGAACUUUACUCCCUUGCAGAUUUUAAAUAAUGGUGAGAUUCUAUCGGUUGUACGCACUGAUGUUACUUUUCAUCUGGUUUUGCAUGAGCGUGGUGCUUGUAGAAUUCUCGAGUUCAAGGAGUUAGAGACUUACUCUGUCGAGAGUUCCGUCUUUGUGGAGAGCCUAGUGUCGCUUAACUCAAAAACUUAUGUGGGGCAUGCAGAAAAAGAAUACUUCGAAGACGUGGUUGGUUUUGGUAACAAUGAAUAUUGGAAAAAGAAGACGAUGAAGUACUCGAAAUAUAUGUGUCUGUUUUCUAUAUUUUUGCUAGGCUGGUCUCUUAGUAAUUUGUGGGCAAAAAUAUACUACAUAUAGAGCACUCUGACUAGAGCCUGGAAAUGUGAAAACUCAAUCUCGUUUCUCUGAGGUUCAAUAAUUUACUACUUAUAAAGGCUCUUACAUCUUUUUUAGAUAUUUGCUCCCCCGGUUGUGAGGUCGUCUUAGUUGCUGUGGAUCUGUGAAGAUAGCUGAUGUUUCUGCUCUCCAUUUUAUGUCAUAUGUUUGAGCAUGUAAAAUUCGGCUAUUAGUCUAAUGAUAUACAGGUUUCCUUGUUCUUUAUCUUC